GUAUCAUCUGCAUAUAGGAGAUGUGAUAUCAUCAUUGAUCCGUGGUCUUUUGUAUCUACUCGAAAGCUUUUUAUCCAGCCAAGAUGUGUUGCCUCGCUAGUCAUUCUACCAAACCCCUAUGACUAAAAUAAAAAGUAAAUAAGAAAGAGUGUCCCCUUGCCGUAAAACCCCUAUGAGCAGAGAAAAACCUACCGGUGUACCAUUUAUCAAAAUUGAGAAUUUGACUGUGGAUGGAUAUUGCUUGCGUGGUCAACUGGAUAGAGCAAGGAGAGUUUUUUAUUCCAUGAUAGAUAAGACCAUUGAACCUGACAUUAUUAGCUAUAGCGUACUAAUAAAUGGAUACUGUAAGAAAAAGAAAUUGGCCGAGGCCAUGCAAUUGUUCCAUGAAAUUUCUCAAAAGGUAUUAAAAACGGUUACUGUUACCUACAAUACUAUCUUGCAAGGUCUAUUUGAAGUUAAAAGAAUAGGCGAUGCAAAAAAUAUCUUUGCUGAGAUGCUAUCUACGGGGCCCGUACCUAACUUAUGCACUCAUUGCAGUUUGCUCAAUGGUUAUUUUAAGUAUGGACUUGUUGAAGAAGCUAUGUUACUUUAUAAUAGGUUGGAAGGAAAGAGAGAAAAUAUUGAUAUUGAAUUCUACAAUGUUGUCAUUAAUGGAUUGUGCAAAAAUGGUAUACUCGACAAAGCUCAUGUGAUUUUUGAGAAGCUUUCUUUAAUUGGAGUGCUUCCGGAUGUGAUAACAUACACUAUAAUGAUAAAUGGAUUUUGUCUUGGAGGGUUUUUGGAUGAAGCUAAAGAUAUGCUUAGAAAUAUGGAGGACAACGGUUGUUUGCCAGACAAUGUCACUUACAGUGUGUUUGUGCAAGGAUUUCUGAGGUGUAGCAAAAUUAGUGAAAUGACAACUUUCAUGAAGGAAAUGGCCGGAAGGAGCUUCUCAUUUGAUGCAACUACAUCUGAGCUACUGGUAAAGGUUAUAAUUGAGAAUCCUUCCGUCCUUGACAUGAUACCAGAGCUUUACUCGGAUUAUAAGAAGUGAAUAUUUCUUUUGCUUGGUUUAUUCGGCUGUACAAAAGAAAUCAGAUUGCAUUAUCACAUUUGAUGCAAUAUCUUGAGCUUUCCAGGCAGGCUUAUUAAUGAGUUACAUCACUUUUGAUAUUUUUAUUGUUUUUCGAAUCUUCUUUAUCUUGGAUAUCAUAUCUUACUGCGCUUUUAAUAUGAUAAAUAACGUGAGUUCCCUUAUGUGUACACAUUAUAAGUCUUGGGAUAUCAUUUUCAGUGCUAUUUAUUUACCUUAAGGUAUUAUCAUUUUCUAUCUUUUUGAGAAUCUAUCACAACUGCCUGCAACUUAUAAGUUGUUAUAGAAAUCGGAAACAAUCUUUCUUUUUUGAUAUUUUGUAAAGCUUGGUACAUCAACCAUAAUUGGAACACCAGAUCUUAUAAGAUCAACCCCCUCGUUCUGUCCCUAAACAAUAUAGUAUGAGUAUUUGUGAUUUUCCUGAAAUUGAAUUAGAACUUGUUCAAAUUUAAUGGGUUAUACUGUUGGUGAUAGAUCAACACCAUAUUCAAAUUAUUUAAGAAUAUAUUUUUGGAGGUUUAUAUAUGAUCUAAAAGUACUGGAUGCUUUACUGGGAAUUUACAUUUUCAUAGAACAAUAGUUGUGUCUAAGAUAAUCUCAUUGGUCCUUUGAUAAGUCCUUGCUAUUCGGAAAAGGUUGUGCUUCAUAUCGUCGUUGACAACUAACUUAAAAGAUGGAGGGAAGGGAUUUCUUUUUCAGAUGUAGAAAUCUGUUUGCAAUUCUCUACUGUAAUUGUUUAUUUCUUUAUUCUAGAUUAUGCAUUUUAAUUUGAAUAGGGACCCAUGUCUUGUCUUAUACUUCAGCACUGUGUUGAAGUGUUGGUAACUUAGUGAGAUGGACGCAAUAGAGCUUUCCAUGAUCAUGUCUGCACGUGUAGGCUACACGAUAUAGCUUCCUAUUGGACACGAUUAGAUAGGAGUGAAGUAUAUCUAGGAUUUUUUUUUUUUUUUGGGAGUAUAUCUAGUUUCUUCUAUGUUUCGUACAAAAUUAACCUCGUCUCUAGAAUCAUUUGAAUGUCAAUUGUCAGCUGUGAUCUUUUGGUAAUUUAAUUCUCUUUCAUUAAUAUAAUAAAGUGCAUUUGAUGUAUAUGAAUUUUUAGGUGACAAUACCGACAAUUCCAGGCUUAAAAGUUUUGCAAGAUGAACGUCAGGAACUUCGGGACAGAAGAGGUGAAUUCAAAGGCUCUUCUCAUAUGAAAGCAGCAAUGUGCAGUAUCGAGAUGACAGUGUUGCAAAAGUUUGAAGAAGUUGGAUCUCUCUGAUUGCAAGCAACUCAGAAGAACUCCAAACUUCAAUGGUUCAUGAAGUCUAGAGACUUUGUUGUUCAAGGCUGACGGAGAUCCACAAGUCAAUAGGAAAUUUGGACAGACUAAUUGAUUUAUGGAUCUUCCGAGCAACAUAUGCCAGCUAAAAUCCCUUGAAUCCUUGGACAUUAGGAGCUACUCAUCUAUACAGACGCUGCCAGAUUACAUUGGAGAGAUGCGAAAUCUACAAUAUCUUUUUGUACUUGAUACGUCUACAAAACAAUGGCCUGGAUCUAUUGAAAUGCUAAGAGAUCUUGAAGUUUUGGAGGUGGAAGGUCAUUAUUUCCAUAGUAAUAAUCUUGCAUCUUGGUCUAAUGUAUUGCAGGAGUUAAAUAUUUAUCUCCACUGCAAUGGGAUUCCAGAUUUGCGCAACAAUCAAGUAACAACUUCAUCUCUCUGCUUCGCUAUGGAGACACAUAAAGAGUAUCAAAUUUUUAGAAAUGAUUGUCUCAUGUGUUUGCAAGCUUGUCAAUGUUCGCUUUUCUAGUGGUGGCCAAGGCUUCUGCUGCUGUACUAUUGCCGAUAAAGAGACAAUGAUGUACUGCCUGCUGCACAACUGUCAUGUGUACUCUACAGAUAUUGCUUACAAGAAUCUUUUGAUGGCCAGAUGAAUUCGCUAUGUGUCCGUAACUCAACGCAAGAGAUUGUGAUCCUCUGUCUUCAUUUUUAAGUAUCAAUUCUGCAGAUGACUUGUCAUGUUAUUUAUCUUAUGAACUGCUGCGUCCUUUCUGAUACAAAGUUCGUGUCUGAAGCUUUUAAUAUUUAUUCUCUUUUGUAUCUUUAAGGGUGAAAUAAUUGAUUUGUUGUUGAAUUCAAGAUUUUCCCAUUGUUUAAUGGUAGUAGCUAGUAUGAGUUAUGACUGAGGUGCGAAUGGGGCUACAAGUUUAAACUUGUUCUUUGGUUACUGUUCAUUUGGCUAAGUAUAGGCCACUGCAACUCUCAUUUUUACUAAUAAAGUAAUAAUUCUUCAUUCU